UUUCGUUAAUUUUCACAAGCUGUAAGAAUUGCAAUCAUGGCGGAUGUUUCAAGCUGGAAUCUUUCUAAAAUUAAAGCUGACCUUGUUAAAGCGAACAGAGAAUUUUCAUCUCGAAGAUUGAUGCACAGUGCUAAAUGGUGUGCUGAAUUAUCACUCGCAUUGAUAAAAUAUGCUGACAAACAGCAACUUCUAUCAGUUCUACAGAAAGAAGAAGAUGAGACAUUUUUGUCGGAGUAUGACCAAUUUAGUCUAGCUACGUCCUACUUUGAUCUGAAAGAAUAUGACCGGGCAGCUUUUUUCCUGACAGAUUGUAAGAGCCCUAAAUGUUACUUUCUGCACAUGUACUCACGUUACCUGGCGGAUGAAAAGAGAAAACUUGACAAGGCAUCGGAUUCUAUAGGACCACCUGAUCAUUUAGAAAAUGAACAUUUAAAGACACUGAGGAUUGAACUCAGCAAGAAAUAUGCCAACCGUGAACUCGAUGGUUAUGCCCUUUACCUGUAUGGUGUUAUCCUGAAGAAGCUGGACUUGUUAAAAGAUGCUGUAGAGAUAUUGGUAGAGUCACUACAAGCGGAACCAAUGCACUGGGGUACAUGGCAAGAACUGGUUCCCUUAAUCACAGAUAGAGAAAUGUUGGUGUCACUGAGCUUGCCCAGCCAUUGGAUAAAACAGUUCUUUGUUGCCUCGGUUUACCUGGAAUUACAGUUGAAUGAAGAGGCGUUGAAGAUUUACCAAGAUAUGGAGGAAAAUGGCUUCCAUACGAGUACAUAUAUUGUAGCACACAUAGCUGCAGCAUACCAUAAUAUGAGAGAGGUAGACGCAGCUUUGAAUUCGUUCACAGAGUUACAGUCCUUGGAUCCUUAUCGUUUAGAGAAUAUGGACACAUUUAGUAACCUACUGUACGUGAAGGAGAUGAGAUUUGACCUGGCAUAUCUAGCUCAUAAAUGCUGCGAUAUAGAUAAAUACCGUGUAGAAACAUGCUGUGUUAUAGGUAAUUACUACUCUCUACGGUCGCAACAUGAGAAGGCCGUGCUAUAUUUCCAGAGAUCUAUCAAACUUAACCCGCUGUACCUCUCAGCAUGGACAUUGAUGGGUCAUGAAUUUAUGGAAAUGAAAAAUACCAAUGCUGCUAUACAGGCUUACAGACAAGCGUUAGAGGUGAAUAAACGUGACUACAGGGCCUGGUAUGGACUAGGUCAAACAUAUGAAAUUCUAAAGAUGCCAUAUUACUGUCUUUACUACUAUAGAAACGCACAAAAACUGAGACCGAAUGAUUCCCGAAUGAUAAUGGCAAUGGGAGAGUCGUACGAGAAAAUUGACAGGUUACAGGAGGCCAAGAAAUGUUUCUGGAAGGCACAUAGAGUUGGGGAUAUAGAAGGGGCUUCAUUGCUAAAACUUGCCAAAUUACAUGACAGAUUAGGUGAGGAAGAACAGGCUGCUGGAGCUUAUAAUGAAUUUAUCAAAGAAGCCAAUGCUCAAGGGCUGGGCAAGUCGAACAGUUAUGAAGGUCAGAGUGAGGCCUACAAGUAUCUGGCCAAUUAUUAUCUUAAACAUGAACAAUUAGACGCUGCAUACCAAGCUGCCCAGAUCUGCUCCGAGUACACGGAGACACGUGAGGAGGGUAAAGCCAUAUUAAAGCAUAUUCAACAUUUACGACAAGAACGUCCGAACCGACAGGAAGUCAGAAUGGACGACACUUUUGACUCGCUCCCGAACGAUUCUUUCCAGUCACACAAUAAUACACCUAUUAUGAACUUUCCUCCGGUGAUGAAUCUGAGAUUUAAUACGCCAUGAAUCGUGUCACAUAUCGUCAACUUAGUGCAAUAACUGAUUGCCUGCUAUUAAAUUUAGGACUUAUAACAUUAUUGCACUAAGGUGGCAAUAUAGCCAUUUUAGCAAAAACGUUUGGACUUCGGACCUAUAUAAAAAAACAAUCAUAAGUGCAAAGCUGCAAGUGUAUGCUGUUGAAGUGUUUAAACAAUGAGUUUGCACAGUGGAAUGUUGAGUUGUUGACAGUAAUCGAUAAAUGUGAAUUUAGUUCUCUUGGUAAUCUGAUCAGAAGUGUGAUAGACAUAAUGUUGUUUAAGUAUUUAAAUGAUCAAAUAGUGCCCUUGAAUGUUGCCUUAAUGACCAUAUCGGCCUACUUAAGAAGUAUGCAAGAUUAGUUACCUUAAUAACCUAGUUUGAGAUAAAAGCCUUCAUUUCCUUGGUUACCAAAGAGUUAAAUCCAAAAAUUUGAGGAAGAAAGCUAUAUACAUUAUACUGGCAAACUUGUCCUAAGAGACCAGGCAAAUAAAACAUGAAAAGUGGCCUUUAAUGGCAAGUGUUCUCUCAAAAUGUGUAAAUUUUUCACUGCAGUUGUACAAAUGUUUAUUGAUGGCUUUAGUGACAGGUUGUACUGUAAUUUAUAAAGGUCUGUAAGAACAGGUCAGACUGUUAAUGUAUUGUCUUAUAUCAUUUGUCAUUACAAAAAGUGUAAGACAAACUUUACCUAAGCUACAGACUGCAUAUCUAUUUAUAUGAACCCAUGUUGACAAUGCAUAUUUGGUAGCAACAUUGGUUAUACAUUGUAUACAUGUUUGCUACAGAUCUGAAUUGUGUAUAUUAAAUAUGAAUGCAAAAAUAUAUAAAGAUGUAUUAUUUAUUUUAUAUUCC